CUGGGUCGCAACAGCAGCAAAAAGUGAUAAGAACCCAAAAAAAAUCAACAAAAAUUAGUUUUUUUGGGUCUUUCUGCGGCAAUACACAGUCGCGUCGUCAUCCAACGUCUCUGGGAAUUGCUUGAAACCGAAAACAUCACAAACCACAAUUGGAGAUAAUCAAUUUUUGGCUCCCAAAAAAAAAUGGUCAUUGAAGAAUAGACGAAAUUUCGUAAUUUUAUCAAGUAUUAAUAGGCUAGUUGGACUGAAAUACGUAAAAAAACAAGAAUUUAGAGGAAAAAAUUAUCGAAAAUAAUGGAAUUAACGAAUUUUGGGCGACACAACCGCAGAUCGACAGAAAAAUCUUCAAGGAUGCGGGUGCUAACGCGAUUUCUUACAUCAUUUCUUGCAUAUUUUGUGAUAGCUAGUUGUAUAAAAAGUAGUGCUUUAGCAGAAAUUGAACCGAUGCCCGUGGAAAGUGACGUAGACUUUCACGAUUUAAAAAAUGACGACUCGGAGGGCCUUAAUUCGGCAAAACCCGCCGUUGUUGCCGAUGUUACGUUCAUGCAUGCCUUUAUUGCGAGCUUUUCCGUGAUUAUUGUCUCGGAAUUGGGCGACAAGACGUUCUUCAUAGCUGCCAUUAUGGCCAUGAAGCAUCCCCGCAUCACAGUUUUUAGCGGAGCUAUUUUCGCGUUGGGACUUAUGACAGUUUUGUCGGCACUUUUUGGAACACUUGCACAACUUAUCCCACGUGUGUACACGUAUUACAUAUCCACAGCCCUUUUUGCGUUUUUCGGACUGAAAAUGCUGAAGGAAGGUUACUACAUGAAAGACUCGGAUGCCCAAGAAGAGCUCGAAGAAGUGCAAUCGGACUUGAAAAAACGCGAAGAUCAGCUCUAUAAAAUCGAAUCUGGCAAGAAUGACGCCGCGCCAAAGGAGACUGUCAUAGUUGACAAAGACGAGAUCGAACAAAAAGACAAAAACGUAACAGCGAACGGUGGCACGGUAACGUCGAGCAGUAGUAACGGUAGCCUUCCCAUCGCUCAUCGUGCCACGUCGAAACGACAAGCGAUCGCGAAUCAUAAUGAGUCGAGUGCGAGUAAUAAAAAAAGUGAAGAUAUUGAAAUGCAAAACAUUGAUGCUGUUGGCAAUUGUAGUAGUAAGACCGAAAAUGAAAGGCUCGAAAUGGAACAGCGAACAGAACUCUUAAAUGAUCCUGAGACUGGAAAUACGGUGCGAGCUAAGCCCUCGGCAACGACAAUUAUGAUAAGAGUCUUCAUGCAAGCGAUGACCAUGACUUUUCUCGCAGAAUGGGGAGACAGAUCGCAGCUUGCGACAAUUAUUUUGAGUGCGAGAGAGAAUGUCUACGGCGUGAUAGUUGGCGGCGUCAUCGGACACGCAAUUUGCACGGGAAUCGCCGUCAUCGGAGGUCGAAUGAUCGCCCAACGGAUAUCCGUGCGAACUGUUACCAUAGUUGGGGGCGUCGUGUUCUUACUUUUCGCUAUAAGUGCAUUAUUCUUUGACCCGAACGACGAGUCGCCGCCUGAUAAUUUGUAAAAAAAAAAUUUUUUUUUUGUUAAUGUUAAUUUUAAAAGUACGCAAUAUCGAGAAAAAAGAAAAAAAAAACUUAUUUUUUAA